UCUCAUACUACGUUACACUCUAGUCUAGUCCAUGAUCGUGCUCUUGUGCACGUGAAGAUGCGUUUUCAGUGCUAGUUGAAUUAUCACUGUGAGGAGGCAUGGCCUCGCGGUUGGUCUUGGUCAUUGGUGACCUGUUUAUUCCCGAUCGAGCACCGGAAAUUCCGGCAAAGUUCCGCAAGCUUCUCACGCCCGGAAAGAUCGGGCAGGUUAUAUGCCUAGGCAACCUCAACGACAAAGAAACAUACGACUUCCUGCGACAAAUCGCACCAGAUCUACACAUCGUUAAGGGUGAUUACGACACUGAAGCGUCGAAUUUGGCCCUGUCAAAAGUUGUACAGCAUGGUGGCCUCCGAAUAGGCUUUACCCAUGGACAUACCAUCAUUCCGCAGGGAGAUGCGGAUGCGCUGUUGAUCGCCGCGAGGCAGAUGGACGUUGAUAUCUUGCUAUGGGGAGGAACACACAAGUUCGAAGCCUAUGAGUUGGAAGGGAAGUUCUUCGUCAACCCGGGCAGCGCGACUGGAGCUUUCAGCACAAGUUGGCAAGCGAUUGACGAGGAGACUACGCCCAGCUUUUGUUUGAUGGACGUAUGUACUCGAGCACAAAGCAAAGAUGCUUGGGCUUUGAAAGAAGGCUGACACUUUAUAGAUUCAAGGUGAUGUCCUCGUAUUGUACGUCUACCAGCUUCGGACGGAUGAACAAGGAAACGAGAAUGUUGCUGUCGAGAAGGUGUCUUUCCGGAAACCAGCGUCGACGGAUGUAUAAGGUAACGCCGCUCAUCGUCCACGCCCUCAUAAGCUCUCCUACCAGACCAAUAUUAUGGGGGUAAUUACUACGGCGGCCCGACUGAUAGAUUCCAAAUCGAGAAUCAACUCGUGACACCAAAGCCUGGCAGGCAACAAGAUUCGAGACAGUAGUAAAGAUUGAACUUGAAGAUCUAUGAAUCCGGAAAGUUCGUCACAAGACUGGAAGAAGGUUCGGUCUGUUGUUAUGUAGACCUAUCAAAGAAAAGGCAGAAGUUGUAUACAUUUCGACAGCCUCUAUCAAAUCGCCUCGAUGAGGGGCGACUGUCAAUCGUCCCAAUUUAUCAUGCGCAA